AAUCACAGGGCUCCUUGCUGGGAAAAGCAACUGCUGCGGGGAGCGCGGGGAGGCCCUAGCAACACGCCGAGGCUUUUGAAUCCGCGGGGGAAACAGUGUGGGGUCAGCGGCUAGUGGAGGAGGCCUAUGCGCUUAUGCCUCAAGAAGAGAAGCCUCUCAGGAUGGACCCUGCGCCCACUGAAGAGCCCUUAGAGAAGCAAAACAAAAAACUAGAAAAGCCGGAAGAGGAGAUGGAGUUUAAGGAACUGGACGGUCUGAGGGAGGCCUUGGCAAACCUCCGGGGGCUGUCUGCGGAGGAGAAGAGCGAGAAGGCGAUGCUUUGCUCCCGCAUCCAAGAGCAGUCCCAGCUCAUCUGCAUCCUGAAGCGGAGGUCGGAUGAGGCCCUGGAACGCUGCCAGAUCCUGGAGCUGCUCAACACAGAGCUGGAGGAGAAGAGGAUGCUGGAGGCCGAGCAGCUGAAGGCCAAGAGCCGGCAUGCCCAGAAGCUGGAGGAACGCUUUAUGACCCUGGCAGCCAACCACGAGUUGAUGAUACGCUUCAAGGACGAACACAAGAGUCAGAACGUCAAGCUCAGGGAGGAGAAUGAGAAACUGAGGCUGGAGAACAGCAACCUGUUCAGUCAGGCUCUGAAGGACCAGGAGGCCAAAGUGUUGCAGCUCACUGCCCGCAGCGAGGCCCUCUCCAAGGAGCUGGAGACUCUGAAACAGAGGUGUGCUCAGGAUGCCUGCCAGGCCCAGGCCAGAGAGAAGGAGCUGCUGGAGCUGCAGAAUCAGCAGGCCUGCGCCCACACCAAGGAGACAGAGCAGCUGCGCAGCCAGCUGCAGAGCCUCCAGCAGCAGCAGCGGCAGGCGGUGGAGCAGAUGGCAGAGGCAGAGCGGGCACACAGCAGCCUGAACCGGGAGCUGCAGGCCAGGCUGCAGACGGUCACCCGAGAGAAGGACGAGCUGUUGCAGCUGUCCAUGGAGAGGGGCAGGGUGCUUCAGAACAAGCAAGCAGAGAUCCGCCAGCUCGAGGAGAAGCUGGAGACAGCAGAUGUGGCCAGGAGGCACGCGCUGGAGAGGUUUGAGCAAGAGGCAGUGGCCGUGGACAGCAACUUGAGAGUCCGGGAACUUCAGCGCAGGGUAGAUGGGAUCCAGAAGGCCUACGACGAACUCCGGCUGCAGUCUGAAGCCUUCAAAAAGCACAGCCUGGAUCUUUUAAGCAAGGAGAGAGAACUCAACGCCAAACUCCGCCAUCUCUUUCCAUAGGAAUCCCAGUUUCCUCUUUCCUCUCAUUUAGAAUUUAAAUAUUUGUGCCGUAGCAUUGCAAGAGAAAAGUUGGUUUUCCAUUUAUUAUACUUUCAAGCACAAAGGGUGAUUCAAAGAAAAGCCACUUUACUGUGAUGUUGUGGUUGUUACUAUUGUAAGGGUAGCCCUAAUCUUCAGUCCUACCACCUAAAAUACACAAGAUGUAUCAGAUUUCUUUCUGUGCCUUUGAAAUCCUAAAUUUGCUAUCAUUAUCUUCAUCUUCCUCCUAACUUAUUCAUUCUCAACCCAAGAUAUCUUCAAAAAUCCUAAUAUUUUACAUUAGCAGCUGUGAACUUAAGUGAAUGAAUCUUCAAUGUGCAAUGAGAUGUACUAUUGUGAAGACAGUUUUGCAUAGCUCCCCCUUGUUGAUAGACUUGUAGUCUCCCUUAGUUGAAAAUAUAAAUUGUAACAGUUAAUAGAACAAUAAAAUAGCAUAGAGAGUUUGCAGAAGAAAGUGUCUGAUUUUGCAACUGGCAAACAAUUGCUUGCUUCACCUGCUUUACAGCAGUAUCCUUUUGAUCUUAUUUUGCUUGCACUAGCUUGGAAAACAAGGAUUGAAAUCAUUAAGGUCUUUAUCAAAGUAGGCAAACUUUAUUACAGUCAUUCUAUAUGAGCAGUAAGAUUCAAAUAAGUGAAAUCAACCAGUUUUCAUUUUUCCUGCAAGCUUAGAUCACUUUCCAUUUUCUUGGGGUUUUUUUCCUUAAUAAAAACAGGAUUUAGAGAUGCAGGGAUGCAAGUAUCAGUAGUUUCAUUUAAUACUGCAUAGUAUGCUAAUAGACAAAGGGCCCCAACUUAGGGUAAUAAGUCAGAGCAGACUGGGUAUGAUAUAUAAAGAAAUGCAUAGUGAUUGUUUUGUUUCUAUUAGCCUUAUUUCCUUGCAAUUAAUUUUUUCUUUUUUAUUUAUUUAUAUUUAACUUUUUCCUUUUUAAAAAAUCAUCUAAAUGAAAUAUAUAUGUAUACUUACAGCAUGUUUGUAGGAAUAACUGUAGAUAUAUAAAAACAUAAUAGUUAUUACAUAUAUUUAUAGAAAGUUCUUAAAGAGGCAGUUAUAAAAAUAUACUGUGCUUCCUUAUUUCCCUAUUUUUAGUCAAUAUGUAAACAUACCUUUCAAAAUAGAUUGUAAUAUAGUAUUUUUCUUACCCAUUUGGUGCCAAAGUUCCCAAGAGUUACCUAAUAAUUUGGAUUUACUAACUUUACUUAGUAUCUUUUUAACAAACAAUUUUUGAGUGUCAUUUUACCUUAGGCAGUUUUUAAAACCUAUUUUUUCACAAUCCUAUAAGAUUGUGGUAUUAAAUACAAAUUCCAAGAAACCA